CACUCUUCUGUAAGAGGAAUCAUAUUCACUCUUUGGCAAGCACCGCUUUUGUUUAUACACACAGCCAUUGUCAAGAGUGGCGUCAGUACUUCUUUGAUUGUGACUUGGAGGGAGAUGGAGUUUGCCGGGACGCUGUGAUUGGCCGGUGUCUUUCCUUGUCAACCUAUCAGGAGGAUUCUGACGGUCUGUCGGUGGUGAGCAGCUACUGUGGUGUCAAUGGAGGUCGUCUGGGUUAUGAGGAGAGCUCUUUGUGCAUCCUGAGCCCCGACUGUGAGCUUUAUAUCUGUGACGGCGACGACGACGACGACAGCACAGACAGCUGUCGUGACCAGAGUGACUACCAAGAGUUCAGCGGCUCUGUCAGUGCAGAGGACGAUUACCUGCCAAUACGUUCAACCAAACUCAGCAUGACCCGACUUGACCCUCCACCUCACCGACCCAACCCUCGGGCCUGGAUGGAUGAAGCUCGAAGCAGAGAUGGCUUCAGCAGACGCUCAGAGUUAAAAGAAGACAGAGAGAGGCGUGAAAGUGGCUACUUCUCCCUGGGAAGGGCAGCAGGCGCCCGUUCUCUUCAGGAUAGCAGCCCACCUGCUCCUUUCCGCCAUUUUGAGAGAGGUCAUCCCAUCUUCAACAGCAGAAACGUUGAGCCCAAAGAUACCAUCCCCUUCAGAAAUCCUAAUCUUGGUGUGGCCUCAGAAAGGCCGAUUCCAGAGAAUCUGAAUGAGGAGCUGCCUGUGGAAAUUCCUCCUGACCCUUAUGAAAUUGCAGUUGAGGUUGAGGCACAAGUUGGCCCUCGCUCUCCAAGCCCUACUCCUUUUAAGAUAGCAGAGUCGCUGGCCACAAGUUCCCGAAAGGGUUUCAGCACCUCAUAUGGCAGAGGAAAUCCACCUUCUCACAGCUCUUCCUAUCAACAGUCAGGGCGUUAUGAUUCCUCAAGGCAAGGCUCAGCUCUUCAAUCUCGCUCUUCCUCUCCAUCACGUGGAAACUCACUAUUUAGGCGCAGUGAGUCCACUGCUUCACUAAGCAGGCAUAGCUUUGAUGGUGGAGGGUGGUCUAAAGGGACAGAGUCAGGAUCUAGAGGCACCUUGCAAGGGACACAUGGGCGACGUGUUGAAUCUGGGACUCUUCCAAGAAACUUCAAAUCAUUUGCUAGUCCAGUCAAAUCCCAAUCCAGCACGAUAUCCAAUUUUAGGGGUGCCUUGCGGAAAACAGAAGAAAAUGGGUCUUUAAGCGGUCGGCAUGGUGACAGCAGAAGCUCUUCUCCGUCGAGGAGGGAAUAUAAGUCUUUCGGCCAAAUGUCUCUUCGCAAAGCUGUAAGCACUACUAGUGUAUCACAUGGACAUGGUAGCAGCAGUCGUACUGCCUCUCCAUCUCGGAGAACUUCGGAUAGUUUGCGUGACAGACACAGUUUCUCACCAACAAGGAAUAAUUACAGCUCAUCUAGCCAGUCAAUCCUUCGUAAAUCUGAAUCAGUUUUGUCUUUAAAUGGACGUAGUCACCAUGGACGCUGUGGCUCCCCCAUAAGAGAAGGUUAUGAUAUUGAAAGCCAGACUCUGCUGCGUAACCCAACAGCAAGAAAUGGACUGAAUGAUCAAGAACAUGAAGUCCCCACCGUGUCCCCAUCUAGACGAGGCUAUGACAAACCAAGUCAAUCAAUACUCCGUAAGACCGAACCAAGUACUGCUAGUGGCAGCCGAGGUCGGGACAGCCGUUCUUCCUCCCCUGGAAGGAGAGCCUAUGAAAACCCUUCCCAGUACCAACUUAAGAAAACAGACACCAGUGGUUCAUUACAUGGUCGUAGCCAUGAAAGUCGUAACUCUUCCCCUUCAAGGAGAAACUACGAACCUCCUUCCCAGUCUCUACUGCGCAAGUCUGAAUCUAACAGUUCAGUCAGAGGUCGUGACAGCCACAGUUCAGUGGCUGUAAGAAAAAGUUAUGAUGUUCCUGACCAACGUGUGCUACGCACAUCAGAAAUUGGCACUUCCUUUAACAGCAAGACUCAAGUCAAUCGCAACUCCUCUCCUUCUAGAAGAGGCAACCAUGACCCGCCAGGCUACUCAAUCCUCAGAACUGCCUCUAAUGGAGACUCCAGUCAUUCCUUUCAGAGAAAAAACACUCACAGUGAGGCAAAACCUGACUCCAGUCGCUCACCACACUCGUGGAGGGAAUCAACUCAUUCCCUCCGCAGCUCUUCAUUAUCUCGCUCUGCUUCACCCUCUCGACACGCCACAAAUGGCAACAGAACUGCUUUUGUCACCUUGGAAAAACCCAUGAGCUCUGGCAGCAUCAGAUUGGCUGAUGGUAGACAUAGCCGUGAGGAUUACUACUCCUCUUCUCAUGACAAGAGGUCCUCAUACCAUGCAUGGAGCCCAUCUCCUUCACCUCAGAUUCAGUUGCAGAGGCACACCUCCUCACAAAGCUCCAUGGAGUCCUCAGAGUCGGGCCAAAUCUCAAUGGGGUCCACAGGACGGAACAGAGAGGAGUACGCCAUGAUGGCUGACCUGCCAAAGGCCAAAAUGAUCCAUCAGAGGGAGGGUCCGGGCCACAUGGGACGACUACAGAGCCAGCAGCCUGUUCGGAGACAGGAGCUCUUCAAACCAGCCAGCCACUCCCUGAGCAAGUUUCCCUCCAGAGAGUGGUUAGAUACGGCGGAUACUGACAGAGAAUGGCACUACGGUGGCGGUGGACAUCUAUCUCGAGCUCACUCCUCCACCUCAUUACAGAGGUCUGGCAGUCCCACGGCAGAUGAGGGCAGUUCUUGGAAAGGUAAUCAUCACAGAUCGGAACAAAUGCAGCCUGACCUCUUGAACUUUAAAAAGGGAUGGAUGUCAAACCUGGACGACAGCGGGGAGUGGAAGAAGCAUUGGUUUGUUCUGACUGAUGCAGGCCUGAAGUACUACAGAGACUCAACUGCAGAAGAGAAAGACGACUUGGACGGGGAGAUUGACCUUAAAUCCUGCGUGAAGGUGUCAGAGUUUGACGUGGAGAAGAACUAUGGCUUUCAGAUACAGACACGUGAGGCUGUGUUCACACUUUCUGCCAUGACGGCUGGUAUCAGGCGGAACUGGAUCGAGGUUUUAAAGAAGUGCAUACGGCCCAGCAGCUCUCCAGACCUCACACAAUUACCUGACAGCAGCAGCGACAAGGAAAACUCCCAUUCUCGCUUUCUGCUGUCUUCCCGUCGCCCAACAUCACGACAUGGCGACGCCCCGUCAGACGUUCCAGCCUCCGCCCCUCCGACUUUACGUAGGUUUGACUAUGUCGAGUUGUCCCCUGUUCCCGCCUCCUCCAGCCCUCUCCCGGCCAGUCAGAGAGAAGCAGGGGAGGGGCAGGGGAGAGAACAUAGCCAAUGGCAGGAGGAGAGGAGUACAAGCAGCCAGUGGGAGGCUUUGCUGUCCAGGAAGGACGGCGGCAUGGGAUCCAACCAAAGACUACGCAUGGAAGAUGAAAUUGAGAAGAAGUGGGCUGAGUUUGAAAGAAUGCCGUUAAAGGAGAUGAGCUCCUCGCCACCAAUGGGAUUACGGUCUUCCAGCCAAUCAGCCAGUGAGGCGCUGCAGAGGGAGGUGGCGUCACUGAGGCAGCAGCUGGAGCAACUACAACGGGGGGGAGUAAGGGGAGGGAGAGGCGGAGGAAGCGUGCAGGGCGGCUGCGGCCCCGAGGCACCCUGCGGCCGCAGCCUGGCAGCCAUGGAGCGCGCUCACCGGCAGGCGCUGGAGGAGCUACAGAGGCAGCAUGACCGCCAGAUGAAGGAGCUGGAGACCGAGAAGGACAGGCUGUUGCUGGAGGAGACGCAGGACACCGCACGAGUGAUGGAGGCUUUGAAGAAGAAACACAGAGAGGAACUGGAGAGAGAGGUAGAGAAAGUGAAGAGGCUGAGCAGCGGGGUACUAGACUCACAGUCUUUGCGAGCCCAACAACAGGCAGAAGCUCAAGCCUUGCAGAGAGAACUGUCUGGACUGUCUGAGCGCUACUCCCAGAAGUGUCUGGAGCUAAACCGAGCCGAGCAGAAUAAUGCUGAAAGAGAAAGGGAAAUCAGCCGCAAGGAGAGAGAUAUGGAGCAGCUGAAAAAAGAGAACCAGGACCUAAAGACCCGUUUGACAGAAGAGAUCACCCGCAUACGAUCUACCAUCACAGUUCACGGCUCAGAGGAGAGGAUACCCUGUGAGCUGCAGGUUCUUCUUAGGAUGAAAGACAACGAGAUCGAGUACUUACACAAAGAGAUCAGCUGUCUGAGGAACGAGCUGCAGUUUCUUAACUUGGAAAAACAGCUGGCCUGCGAUCGAUAUGCCGAGGUGCACGAAGAGCUGAGCGGGAUGAAAGGCCGAAACGAGCGAGAGAUUCAGAGUCUUAAAGAGCACUUAAAGCUGGCAAUGGCUGCUCUGCAGGAGGGGCAGAAGCUGGGGAACAGCCUGGACCACUGAGAGGCUGCUGCUGCUGCUGCUGCUGGUACUAAUGCACUGGCAGGUGUGUCUCCACUUCAAUGGAAGAGAGAUGCAGAAAAACAGAGGAGAUAAGUGUUGUUUCCAGCUGUGGGGACCUUGAUCAUGCCUUCGUUUUCAAUCAUUCUGCCAAUGAACAGCGUAGAGUAGCCAUUAGCUGGUUUCAUUACACUGGGCCACACCGGAUAUAUAAAACUGCACUUUUAAUUAUGUUUAUUUUAGCUUUUUGCUUUUGUGAGUGCAAGCGUGUAUGAGUACGCAAUUGGUCCAAAAACUGGAAUAUUUGUUGAAUGACCUUUGUUUUUUUCUUUUUUUUUUAUCAGGUAUUGUAGAUAAGAGUUCAUACUGUAUCAGCUUUGGUAGUUGGAUAAGCUUCUCAUUGCCUCAUGUCUGCUGCCUGAGACAGCAGCGGUCAGAAGAGCUACUGUCAUUUCAGUUUCCCGUUGUACAGUUUUUCAUGUCAUGUUUACCUUGUCAAGAUGGCACACUUUUUUUCCUAAGAAAUGGGAGCUUUUCAUUUGCUGUAAUUAUUAUUUUUUACCUGGAAACAAUUGUUAUGCUCCAUCUUCUAUUUUAUUUGUGAAUACAUAUUUUUGGAAAAAAAUAUUUUGGGAUUUAAACAGGACAAGACAGCAAAAAUUCAAAUUCCUUGUUGAAUUGCAAAUUGAUCUAUGAUUGUGUAGAAGCAAAUUCAGGCGCAGCUUUCUUUGGGAUGCUUGUAAAAGCUGUUGGAUGAAUGUUGUCCCACAUUACAGAUGUCUUAAUUUUUUUACCACGGUUGAGAACUCCCAAGCUUUAAGUCUCCCCUGAUCUUUAUGGGCAUCUACAGUAUGUGCCACGACCACGACGAAUAACAAGUGUUGCAUCAAUGAGCCAAUUUUUUUUAUUGAUAAUAUGUAUUGUGAUAAAAUGACUUAUCUACUUGCCUUUUGAAAACAUUUUCAUAUUUAAUGUACUGUAGAGCCUCGUGUCUUUUCUUUGUAAAUUAUACACUUUUUUUGCAAUCAAUUAAAAAAAGUCUUGCAGUAAAA